AAUGUCAAAAUGGCGUCAACGCAGGACGCUUGGUAUAUUUCUUUACUUGGUUUAGCAGAACAUUUCCGCACAUCAAAUCCUCCUGACAUAAAAAGUUGUAUUCAGUGCCUACAAGCCGUAUUUAAUUUCAAACCACCGCAAAGGGUCGAGGCCCGAACUCAUUUACAACUUGGAAAUAUCCUCUUGACACACACUAAAAACAUCGACCUAGCGAGAACGCAUUUAGAGCAAAGUUGGUGCCUGUCGCAGUCUAUUAAUGGGUUCGACGAUGUUAAGUUCGAAGCGGCGAGCGUGUUGGCUGAGUUAUUUGAGCAGCAGGGCCAGCCCACACACUCUAAACCUAUCCUCAGGAAAGCCAUUGAGUUGUCACAGCACAGUGUGUACUGGCACUGCAGGCUUAUAUUCCAGUUGGCACAAAUCCACGCUACGGAGCGUGAGUAUGAGGUGGCCAGCAGUCUACUUGGGGUCGGUGUGGACUAUGCUCAGAUAUCCAACGCCGCGUACACGCGCGUCCUCUUCCUCCUCAGCAGGGUUAUGCUGCUGUUAAUAGACAAGAAGAUACAAGAAGUGCUCCCUCUGCUGAACCAGGCGGGUCACCUGGUGGACUCCUGGGCGGGCAGUCCACAUCAAAAGGAAUAUCUCAAAGUGUUCUUCCUCGUCCUACAGGUAUCUCAUUACCUAAUGGCGGGCCAAGUGAAGAGUGUGAAGCCGUGUCUGAAGCAGCUCCAGCAGAGCAUCCAGACCAUCAUGGCGCCCACGUGGCCCGAUGACGAUGCGGUGUGCGGCAGCGAGUCAUUCGUGUGGCUCUCGCGGCAACAGCUGUACGUGCUGGUGUACCUGGUGACGGUGAUGCACUCGGCGCAGGCCGGAUACAUGGACAAGGCGCACAAGUACACCGAGAAGGCGCUCGCGCAGAUUGAUAAGCUGUGUUCGAGCGCGGAGGAGAGCCGCGGCGCGGUGGUGCCGGCGGCGGGCGGCGCGGCGCUGGGCCCCGCGUCCCGCAGCGGCGCGGCGCUGGCGUGGCGCCUGCGCAUGGCGCUGGUGGAGCACGCGGCGCUGUGCCGCCUCGUGGCCGGCGGCAAGGCGCACGCGCUGCACGAGAUCGCGCGCGCCGCGCACCUGCUGCACUCCGCGCCCACGCCGGGGUGUGCAGCAGCCCACACGCCGCAGUUGCACUGUCUUCUGGGCCUGUACGCUAUGUCCAUGAACUGCAUGGAGGCCGCCGAGGCGCAGUUCCACACCGCCAUACACAUGUCACAAGAAAGAGAUUUAUGGAUGUUUGCUAAGUUGAACCUGGCUAUCGUAUACCUACGGGGACGGAGAGACAAUGACUUAGCACAACUAAUGGAACAAGUGAGGCCGGAAGCGUUGCCGGCGUACGCGCACGGUCUCCGCGCCGCCUCCUACUACGUGCUGGGACUACAAGCGUUCUUCCAGGCGCGGUAUAAUGAGGCCAAGCGCUACCUCCGCGAGACCCUCAAGAUGGCGAACGCGGAGGACCUGAACCGGCUGACGUCGUGCUCGCUGGUGCUGCUGGGGCACAUCUUCCUGUCCAUCAACAACUCGCGAGAGUCCAUGAACAUGGUGACGCCGGCCAUGCAGCUCGCCAGCAAGAUCCCCGACGUGCACGUGCAGCUCUGGGCCUCCGCCAUAUUAAAAGACUUGUACCGGCUGGCGGGCGACACGGAGCGCGAGAACGAGGCAUACCAGAUGCACUGCAACUUCUCAGCGGCGCUGCUCAAGGACCACUUCCAGGCCACGCAGCUGCCGCAGCACGCGCUGCUGCACUGGACGGCCGGCGCGCCGCCCGCGCUGCCGCCGCCGCCUGCGCCCGCGCACUCCUAG